CGAGGGCCAAAGGUACUAUUUACGAAUGUGCUUUUUGUUCUUGAGGUUAUUCUGCAUGACGAAGUAGGAAUCGCGAGUUUGGUUUUGUGCAACACAGACUGGUGGAUUUCUUUUUGCGAAGAAAGUAGAAAGCCGAGGACACUUGUUCCGAGCAUGACAAAUUUAAACCACUAUACUUCCUUCCGCAUUAUAAUUACAAAUUGAAAUUCCAGGUGAGUUGUCGGAGGGCGCUUACAAGAUCACGUUGGAGGGGAUUCCGAACGACAUGACCUGGACCGAUAUGCAAGAGCAAUCUUCCGGCUCUUGAUCGUAGAAUGAGAGUUUGUGAUGCAGAACCACAUUGGCACUAUCUACGUACUGGCUGCUAUCUCUACUCAACUCUCUAUGUAUCUAUGUGGUUCUUUUAUGCAACACAAAUUCAUCACAGAUUCUGCGCUCGAGAAACAAGAAAUUUCUCAUUCCCAUACUCUAGUUGAAGGAAAUGGGAAGGCAGCAUGUGGGCGGAGACAGAUACAUGGAUGUGACGUUUGCCCGCACCUUUCGCAACCGUCAGGGCACGGCCUGUGGCAUUCUGGAGUUCAAGAGCAGGUAUAGAGAUGAAUUCGACUUGAUAUAAUUUCGGAGUUUGAAGAGUUUAUUGUGAUGCGGGCUUUUUAUGCACCCGUACGUUGAAGAUUUCUCGUGCCAACAUCGAAAUAAAGAUUCCACUUGUAAUUAUACUUCUUUUCAGGUCUAUGGCGCAGGAUUUGGUGGACAAGUUGGAUGACCGAAAGAUUAAGGGCUGGGAUGCUAUCCGAAAUUUUGCCAGGACCACUUCGAGUCAAGUUGUCGUGGGGGUAGUUUGUAUUGCAAAACUUUGCAAGGUGUAGGUGAUGAAGAUGAACGGUUUCUAUUAACUUUGCAUCGCGAGUAGUUGUAAGAAGUAUGCAGAUUAGCAGGAUCAGGAUCAGCCGGAAGAUUGUUCUGCAAACCGCUCUUUGGUCGAGGUUCGUGCUGCACCAUAAGAAUUCCGAUUUUGCAAUUACGAAAAAACCAUUUUCUUCGACGACUCGAAGUUCCUUUACACCUCGAUAGCACAGCGUCUGCGGGUGAAGAUGGGAGACCACUCUUGGGACUGAAGGGUGUCAGCGUUAUCAACUGCAAAAAUUUCUGGGUCUGGAAGAAUACAAACUUGUGAUGCGUAUUUCAGAAAGCAGAAAAAUCUCCCAUGCAUAGUCAGCAAAAGCUGCCUACUUUCUGUCACCAAAAUCGGGGAUUUGUGAUGCGGAUUCUGUAUUUUUGCGGAUGCUUCUAUAAUAAACUAACCUGUAAAUGCUAGAGCUUCCAUGCCAGACCUUCUGCGUCAUGCAAAAACAGCAUGGCUCUUCCAGACCCAGACACUUUUGCAUUUGAUAAGCGUCGGGCGGAAGCAAAACACCUAGAAAUUGAUAUCCUGAGUAAAAACGUACCCACACCAGAGGUGUAAUGCAGAUUUGCAAAGACAGGAAGACUUGUAAUGCGCAUCCCCAUGAGAGCCAUUUCCAAUCGUGUUUUGGAAUUUGUAAUGCUGUGCACAGGAUGAGCAGCUGGAUUUGUGAUGCGGCUGCACUUUCUAAUCUGCACUACACUACAGAGUGCAACUUGUCAUGCGUGACUUACAAAACUCCUAGGUUUGUGUUGCAAAAUCCCCACCCUGACUCUGGUGUGGGUACGUUUUUACUCAGGAUAAUUGAAUAAAGCGAACAACCAAACGGAAGUUACUACUCAAGCGAUAGACCACACACGACAAGAAGUGGAUGCUAGCGCCGUGCUUGUAUCUGGUUCGAGGAAAAAAUAUGCGACGUAGUUUUUACCUGUUUCACACGACCGGAAAUGCAUUUUUCGACGGAUUUGCAAUUUGAGUUUAUCACGACGUCAAAGCGGAGUUUUUUUAGUAUUUUGAACCUAAUAAAAGUUGUAGUUAGUUCUAGUUCAACAUCAGGAUCAGUUGUCCAACUAAACCAUUGUCUGUUGCAUUUGCAUCGAAAGCGAAACGGAAAUCUGUACUUUUUCACACCACGGUGGGGCGGUAACAGAACAAACUGAAACAGUUACUAUCUUCACGAAGAAGAAGUAGAGCAACGGCUGUCUUAGUCUUCAUCGUCUCACCUUUUAACGACGACCUUUCUAGUUGCGACACUGCCGGAAAAAUUAUUCCCAGAACAAAGUUUUUUCUAUUCGACACAAUGCACUCAUUGUCACAGUAUCCUUGUAAUUUAUCGAUUUCUUGUAAUGGUGCACCAGAUAUAAAUAUAUGCUGCUCGACUUGUUUUGGCUGUUCUGCAACGCUGCAAGGCAUCUGGCAGCACCGGAUGCUAGCUAUGGUAGGAUCUUCCUCUUGGGAGCUGCAGCGGGAAGAGAUAGAGAUUUCGGAAAAGCAACUGUAGAACUUAUUUCAUGGCGCGACGAGAGCCAGAACAAUGAGGAGCACGACCAAGGCACUAUCAGCAUCGCAGCUGUUUGACGAGUUAAAGUUGCAACUCCAAGAGCCACUACCUAGCUUUUGACAAAAGUGAGAAAGUUGCGUUGCACGACUUCUAGCUGAGGCUCGUGCACCAGUUAGUUUGGAGAAAAAUACGCAACAGGCGGAGACGAUGGGAAAUACGAUUCGGAGGCUUCUGGUGUAUGCCAAAACUCCCUAGAGAAUUUGUGUACCACCCUCCCAGGUGGUCUCAGAUAGAGAAAUGAUCAUCAUCCAUUGUGCUCAUAAAUAAAUUUUUCUGUUCUCCAACGAUCAUAUCGUCACUGCACGCGCUGACCAAGCCUCAAAAUCGAUUCUGCAGCAUGCAGGGCAAUGGACCAUAUGUCUGUGGCUUGCAUUUGCUACACUGAGAAGUGUAACUGAAUUGCAACUGGCUGCUAACCUGACAGUGCGAUUCCAUCAGAGCAAAGCUCUUGAUGAUGUUGCAGUACCGGCUGGCAGCUCAUCUUUUCGAAAAAAUGCCGCUUGAGACAAUAGAGAAAUGGCACUACUACGAGGCUU